AUGGCCACAAUAGCUGGCGACACGUCCAUGUCGCGAUAUGAUUCAUCAGCUGGCGAACUCUCUUCGCCGCCCUCUGGAUCACUCUCUGAACCGGGCUCACCAUCACGAAAUGGCUCGGGCGGUCGCGCACCCCAAGACUACGACGAGAUCGUCGUUGUUUCUAGCGACGGUCAAUAUCAACAUAUCGGUCAUCAGAACCACAGUGAUCGCCCCCCACCUCCUUUGCCACCGCAAUCAGGAACUGGCCCUCCCAAAAAGUACGCGCUGGUCGACAACCAAUGGGUGCAGCUAACAGCUGCAGGUGUUCCCAGAAAGAAGCCCGGGCGGAAACCUGGAACCAUUGUGAAACCACGGAACUCAGACGGCGCUGAUAUAGCAAAGGCUUCGCGCAAACCCCGUAAACCUCGCGACCCCAACGCGCCGCCAAUGCCACGAAAAAGGAAGAUCGCUCCUGCAGAUGGAGAGGAUGACCUGCCUGCAGACUCGAAGUCUCUUGCUGCAGCUGCCUCAUCCACCACAGCGCAAGCGCACCUUUCAGAUGUCACCAGCAUAUCGGCAACCUCACCUGGUCAAAUUCACCGUCAAACAUCAUCUUCAUCUCAUCAACCCGAGCAGCGCUAUUCACCAAAAAUGCCAAAACGCGAACACUUUGGCUCGAUGCAGAGCCUCCUAAACUCGGAUCCACCCGCCGAGCGACCUCAUUCUCAACCGCAGCCUCAGCCUAGCACGUCUACGUCGAUCCCUGUUCGCACGAGUGGUCAAAGUUACGACCCCAUCCGUGGUAAUUACGAUCCGAUUCGCGAGACGAUGGUUUCCCAUAACUCUUAUAAUUCCGCAUCUGGUUCACCAAGAGCCCCUUCUCAGGUUCCCAAUCGGUCACCAACCAUUGCAAGUCUUCUUGGUGGGAAUGAGUCGCGCAAUUCUUAUCAACCACCCUCAAACCAGCCUCGUUUCCAGGCUCAGGAGCCACCCCAGGCUUCAUCACCUUCUAAAGAGCCUCAGACGAUAUCGACACCAACUCCUGCAUCGCGGACACCAGUACAGGAGCCUAAGAAAGACAUCCCUCCUCCGCCACCGCCAGUGCAGCGGCCAGUCAUCAAAGAGUCUAACUUCACAACCAUCUCCAACGGUCCUAUCAAGAGGUCAUCGCCAAAGCAGAAGCCUCAUACUGGGGUUUCAACGCCCAGGACUGAGAAUCUUGACGACAUGCAGGAAGGUGAAAGCCGCUCGAUUCUCGACUUCGGCCGGGCCAAGCCAGGAGAAGAGGCACAGGCUCCUACUAUUGUUCUGAGUGUGCCUAUUCAGGCUGGCGAGACCAACAGAUAUGUCAACUUCAUGCGAAUGGCCGAGGACAGAUAUGGAUGGGAUGCUCUUCACCCACGGUUGGCAGCUAACCGAGAUCGCAAGGCUCGAAUCGCUGCGGCAGCCGCUUCACUGGAAAAGGCAGAAUCAGGCCGAGAGUCUGGUGACGAAAUGUCCGUUGAUCUCUCCGAUGCCGAGGCUAGCAACCCCGACAACGGUGCUACCAGCGGUCCUGAUGCACAGGCCAAGCCCAAGAAAAAGCGUAACUUUAAGGAGGAUCAAUAUGACGUGGAUGAUGAUUUUGUGGAUGAUUCGGAGCUUCUAUGGGAGGCUCAGGCCGCGGCAAGCCGUGAUGGCUUCUUUGUUUACUCUGGUCCCUUGGUGCCUGAGGUUGAAAAACCAGCUGCUGGCCACGAGGGACCUCCAAAGCGUGGACGUGGUGGAAGAGGUAGCCGAGGUGGUGGGAGAGGCGCGUCGACCCGGGGCGGAGCCGGCAGCGGUCGUGGGGGAGGACCAGGUUCACGCGGCGGCUCUGUCACUCGAAAACCUCGCAUCACUAAGCAAGAGAAAGCACAACGUGAGCGCGAGAAGGCUGAGCGUGAGAAUAUGGCUCAACUGGCCAAAACACCUACCAAUGGCGGCUACUCACUGAACCCUACUACACCAUCUUUUGCCGUCAGCGAACUGGGGGCAUGA